AUGGCGGCAGGGGAAGCUUUGCGAAGGGCCAGCCUUUGCAUUCUCCUGCUCUUUCCAGCACUGUGCAUAGCUCAGGGGUUUAGUGUAGACCCUAAAAAGGAUCACCACCGACAGUUGGCGUCUUCGACGCACCUGGGGCAGCAGGGCGCUGGGAAACACAAAGUCAAGGCACUGGUGGCAGUGAUGAGCGGCUUUGGCGAGAAAUACUCCGAGAGGAGACAGCAUCUGCGCCAGACCUGGUUUCCUGGCACGCAGCAGGAGCUGGACAGGUUGGAGCAGGAAACAGGUAUCCACAUGCGGUUUGCAGUGGGCGAGGCGCCAGAAGAGGCUCGGGAGCAAAUAGCAGAGGAGCAAGCUGCGCAUGGCGCCUUUCUGCACAUCCCACUCAGGGAUGACUACUCGGCGCUGUCGUACAAGACGCUGGCGCUGUGGCGGCUGGCUGAGGAGCGCUUCGAGGCGGAUUACGUAAUCAAGAUCGACGAUGACAACUACGUGCGACUGGACCGAUUAGCGAUCGCUCUCGACCAGUGGACGGACAUGGGAGCAGAGUACAUCGGGUGCUUCAAGUCGCGCGGCCGGGCACAGAAUAAUUCGGAUCCCUCUGCGCGGUGGCACGAUCCGCACCACCCCAUCUUUGCCGAGGACAACAGCCGGUACGCGGAGGGGCCGUUCUAUGCGCUGCGCGGGCGAGUCACCUCCGGAAUUCUGCGCGCCGGCAUACUGCCGCGGCUCGGCGGCCCCGAAGACAUGAUGGUGGGAGCGCUGAUGAAGGCGUUCAAUGUGUCAUGGUACGACGACCGGCGGCUGUGUCACAUGGAGGGAUGCACAUCGGCCAUGAUCGGAUUCAAGUGGGAUCAUGCAGUGAGGGAUUACUUGGAUCCUGCCCUGCGGUCCCCCACGCUGUGCUGCCUGUCACAGCGUACCUCCCAGCAGGUCCCCCCCAUCGACGAGUGCACCCACCCCUCGCAGUACACCCAGGAGGGCCUGCGCUGCCUGCACCUGCUGCACACGGACGCCACUUGUGCGGCGCCGACGCUUACUAACGGCCAGCUGGCGCUGUCCACGUUCUACAACUACACUGUCAACCAUACCUGGAUUGCUGACCGGGCGCCGCCCGAGCACACCUGGCGCUUCCACAUGCAGGGCCACUUCAGGCAUGGCACAGGUGACUGA